ACCAGCAGAGUGGAACCCUAACAGAGCUUUCUCCACCCUCACCUUCAAGGCCUGACACAGAACAACUCCAAAUAUUUCCGUAGGUUUACACAAAUAAGAACUUCAUUAGCCAGCAGAGGUUCAGCGAUGGUAGAGGGGAAGCCAUACCGGUACGGGCUGAUAACGGCGGGGCUGUGUGUGGCAGCAGUCGGCCUCUUCAUCAUGACUCAGGAGCAACCGCACAUCUACGGCACACUAUGUGUUCUGGGUGUCACCAUGGUGUGUGUCGGGACUGUGUGGAGCGUCUGCCAGUGUUAUCCCAAGGUCAUUUUGGCUCCUGAGAUCCAGGAGAAAAGUCUACAAGAUGUACUGUGUACGGCAGCUGGAACAAAAGACGAAAGGCAUGCUGAGGCUCUGCCAGGUUCCUGUGGCCAAAAGUUGAGUUGCAGCAGACUUCUUCCCGAAGCCCUGAGGAGCCAGUGUCACAGCUGCCCCACACUGCACCUGGUCUGAGGGAGGGACGCCAUCAUCAGAGGACUCUUCGUCGGUCUAACCAAAACACGCUGCUCUCAAGACAGUGAAGAGAUGCUCUGGUGCAUUUUUGUGACCUUUUUCUAAAUGACAGCAUCACUCACACAAGCUGCUGUUUGAAUAUGUAUUUUUUCAGUUUAACAUGCAUCACGUCUUCUCAGUGUGAAGUUAAUAAAGUUGAAUGUGUAUUGUUCA